AAAGAAAAUAUUUAUCGUAAAGUUUACACUUCACCGUCAAAACACAGCUACUUAUGUCAGUGACUCUUCUUCUAUCUACACGACACAAACCUACCAUACACACUCUCUCAAUAACUCGCGUGACUUUCCUCCUUCAAUUCUAAUUGGAACGUAUUAAUCACGCGCUAUUACCUGCAACGCGCUUAUCGUCUGGCACACUCACCCGCACCGUACCCGUCGUCGGUCUUUUCGCCAAUUUAUCGUAUUUUUCCGUGAAACAGAAUAAUAAUAAUUUAAUACUAAAAGUGUAUAAUAAAUUAUUAAAUCCUGUUUAAAAGAAACUCAUUAUUGAUUUUUCUUUUUUUUGUAACUCUCUUCUCUGUUGCUACCUGUUCUUUCUCUCUGUUCAUUCCCUUUUCUUUAGCUUAAUUCAGCAAAUUUGUUUCUCUCUACUUUGCUCUCUGUUUCUUUGUUUUUUCUUUCCUCUGCAAAGUAAAAGUAAUGAGAGCUUAAUUAUAAUGUUUGUCUCAUCUUCAAGCUUCAGAUCUGAUGCUUUGUUUCUGCUAGUAAUUGUCUUUUUCUUUUUAGAUUAAUCACCAUUUUUGUGAACAAGAACCAGAAAAGCUUUUCAAGAUUCGAGUGAGGAAAAAUUUAGCUGAAAAUGCUGGAAAUUGGAAGUCCCAAUGCUCUGUUUUUUCGUACGAACACUACUUGUAAUAAUCUUCUCCGUGAGCUUCAGAAAAUAUGGGUUGAAAUUGGUGAGAGUGAGACUGAAAAAGAUAGGAUGCUGAUGGAACUGGAGAGAGAAUGUCUUCAAAUCUAUCAAAGAAAAGUUGACGAAGCAGCAAAUUCUAAGGCAAAGCUUCAUCAGUCUGUUGCAGCAAUAGAAGCUGAAGUUGCUUCUUUAAUGGCUGCCCUUGGUGUGUUAAACAUCAACUCACCGAUUAAACUGGAUAAAGGUUCAAAGUCAUUGAAAGAAAAGCUUGCAGCUGUGACUCCUCUAGUUGAGGAAUUGAGAAUUCAAAAAGAGGAGAGACUGAAGCAGUUUUCCGAUAUAAAGGCGCAAAUUGAGAAGAUUAGUGGGGAAAUCUCAGGAUACAGUGACCAUCUCAACAAGGCCAUGAUCAGUUCCUUGACUCUUGAAGAACAAGACUUGACUUUGAGGAAACUUAACGAGUAUCAAACACAUCUCCGCACGCUUCAAAAGGAAAAGUCUGAUCGCCUCAACAAAGUGUUGGGUUAUGUCAACGAAGUCCACGCACUAUGCGGUGUUCUUGGAGUUGACUUUAGUCAAACAGUUUGUGAGGUUCAUCCUAGCUUACAUAGGACAGACCAAGAGCAAUCUACAAACAUUAGUGAUAGCACAUUAGAGGGCCUUGAGCACAUGAUUCAAAAGCUAAAAACUGAGAGAAAAGCCCGAAUUCAAAAGCUGAAGGAUGUAGUGGCUUCACUGUUCGAGCUAUGGAACCUAAUGGACACACCACAAGAAGAGAGAACUAAAUUUGGAAAAGUUACUUAUGUUGUAAGAUCAUCUGAAGCUACUAUCACUGAGCCGGGAAUCCUUUCAACCGAGACAAUUGAACAGGUAUCUGCAGAAGUGGAAAGUCUCAGUAAACUGAAAGCAAGCAGAAUGAAGGAGCUUGUAAUGAAGCGAAGAUCCGAGUUAGAGGAUCUUUGCAGACUAACGCACAUUCAACCUGACACAAGCACUUCUGCUGAGAAAUCAACUGCCUUAAUAGAUUCCGGAUUAGUGGACCCUUCAGAGCUUCUUGGAAAUAUCGAAAUGCAGAUAAACAAAAUUAAAGACGAAGCACAGAGCCGGAAAGAUAUCAUGGACAGAAUAGACCGUUGGCUCUCUGCAUGUGAAGAGGAAAAUUGGUUGGAAGAGUAUAAUCUGGAUGAGAACCGGUAUAGCGCUGGAAGAGGUGGACAUGUAAACCUCAAGCGGGCAGAACGAGCCCGGGUUACAAUCAAUAAGAUCCCUGGAAUGGUUGACAAUCUUAUCAAGAAAACACUUGUAUGGGAAAAUGACAUGCAGAAUUCGUUUCUAUACGACGGUGUUCGAUUGGUUAACAUACUAGAAGACUAUAAACUGACAAGGAAACAACAGGAAGAGGAAAAGAAAAGAUACAGGGAUCAAAAAAAGAGGCAGGAUCUCCUACUAACCCAAAGGGAAUCCGUUUAUGGAUCAAAACCAAGUCCAAGAAGAAGCAGCAGCUUCAGAAAGCCCAAUGGUUUCAACAUUAGCAAUGGGAAUGGUUCAGUGCCUCCCACACCUCGUAGAAGCUCGGCAGGGACAACAACUCCUGACAUUCUUCUAACUCCGAGAUCUUACUCAGGUCAUCAUCGCCAAAACGGGUAUUUCAAAGAAUUUAGGAGACUCACUUCUACUCCCUUGAACUAUGUGGCUAUGCAAAAAGAAGAUACUGUUUCUACUACCUACACAUCGAUUUAUAGCUCCGAGCCAGACUCGCCUCUACAAGGCUGACUUGACUCUCUUUUCCACCGGAUUUGUGGAGUAAUGUUAAUGUUAAUAAGAAGCAAGUGAAGAAGAAGGAAGGAGACUUGUGAAUACAGAAGGUGACUGACUUUUAGGAGAUAUGGUGAGAUAAAGAGUAAGAAAUAAAUGUGAAAUUUGUUAUUCUUUAGAGGUUACAAGUUUUUUAUUUUGAAGUGAAAAAUACUUCUAUUGUUUUGUGUCAUGCUCGUGUGAAAGUGUGUGAAUGGUCAUUCUUGUGCGUACGUAUUUGUGUAUAAUAUACGUAUUUGCUAUAUUUUGUGCUUUUAAUUAGUAGUACUUUUGGAAUUGAA